CUCAUUAGCAAAACAACAGUGCAUUAAUUUGUACACAGAUAUCGAUUGAAGUUACACUAACCCAAGACGUAAAGAGCCGAAACUAGGCAACAUAUCAACGAUAUACUAAUUGCUAGAUUUGUCAGGAAACAUUUAUUAAACCAAGCUUUAACUUACAGGUAAAAUGUGACACAUCAUUUGUUAGUGGAGACACGAAAUUUGAAACUUGAAAUAUCUUGCUUUGUAAAGACGACUUUAUGGAAAUUGUGAUUAAUUUUAACUGAGUGAUGUGCUAAGUAGAGACCUUAUGUUCCUUCAUCGACAGUUUGAAACGGAUUUUGAGUAAGCCAUUUCUAGGAACGAGGAUUUCUAAACAUUUUCCAGCGAAUUCUUCUUCGAUGAACUAUGAUCAAGUUGUAGAAGUGUAUCGGAACAUGUUUUCAAAUUUCUUAUUUUCAACAUGCGUCAGAUAAUUUAGAAGCGAGGAUUCAUUUAACUCUACAAAAGCACUGCAAGCAUUGAAAAUGUACGAGUUCAUGGAAAAUAGUACUUGUGGCUUUCGCGAGGUGCUGCUUUACCAGCCCAGCAGUACGGAAUAUGAAAACUUAAAAUCGUGGUACAUCGCAAAUUGUGUGUUCAACGCUUUCCUAACCAUUACCGCCAUUCUCUCUAACGGCAUCACAAUCCAAGCGCUACGAAGAACUUCCUCACUGCCACUACCCCUUAAAACAUUGCUUCUGAGUCUUGCUGUCUCUGAUUUCGGUGUUGGUUUACUUGGCGGGCCUUUUUACAUUGAGACACUCGUCAAGUGGUUGCAACGAGACAACUCGACUGGUGCUUUUUACACCGCGUUCCGCUUCACCUUGUAUCUAUUUUCUGCCGCUUCAUUUUUGGGAGUCAUGGCGCUAAGCGGUGACAGAUUCUUGGCUGUGCACCUGCAUCUCAGAUACCAGGAACUUGUGACUCACAAGCGAGUUGUUGCUGUGGUAAUCACAAUAUGGGUGGUCAAUGCAUUUCUUUCGUUACUUUACUUGUGGGUCCCCAAGAAUAUUUCUUACAUAGUGUUUGCCAUUUUUGGAGUAGUUUGCCUCAUAAUCUCAGCGAUGCUGUAUUUCCAGAUUUAUUUUGCUGUACGGCGCCAUAGAAAUCAAAUUCAAGCUCUGCAAGUGCAACAAGUAGCUCAAAAUGGCCAAAUAGAAAAUACUGCUAGGCUGAGAAAAUCUGCAGUUGGUACAUUUUAUGUGUAUCUUGUGUUUCUGCUUUGUUAUGUUCCGCAGAUCUGUAGUUUUGCUGUCGUUGCAAUCUGCAACUUAAGUGCCGGUGUGAAAGUUUUUUCGAUGUUUUCAAUCACCUUGUUAUUUCUGAAUUCGUCGUUAAACCCUGUUAUUUACUGCUGGAAGAUGAGACACGUUCGACGCGCUGUCAUGGACAUGCUGCGAAAUGUCCUUCCAAGCCACAGCUGAGUAAAGAAGUCAUAUUUGAGUUUGAGUCUGUUGCCCGUUUUCACUGGGCAAUAUUUUUCUUCGAAACUGGCUUUAAAAGCAUGAUCAUGAACGCAGAUGUUGUUAAACUUUGCCGUGCAUGCUUCCAAGAGGUUGAGGAUGGUAAUGUAUUUCUUAAUCCUAAAUUUAUAUUGACAAUAGUUAUUUGCUCAGACGCGCUACUUUCUAAUAACAUUAGCCUGCGUAACGGGUGGGACUCGCAAGCGAGAGAUUUUUGCUUGCGGACUCCGCGACUUUAUUUCUCGUAGGCUUUGCCCGCGGGAAAUUUUGCGCUUCGCGCCUUCCGCGCCGCCAAAAACGGAAGCACUCGGACGCGAAAUUCCGCCACCUACGCAGGCUAGAAUAAGAUUUGUUCUUAAAUGAAUAGAGGUGGUAAUAUAUUGUUCGUGGCUAGUCUUAAGUAGCGCUUUCGUUUUGUCCCCGCCAAGGUGCUAUUUAGAGACCUUUUUGCUCGGCAAACUCGUUGGGCAUCGCAUCCAAAGUCCCGUUCGCUAACAAAAUGAAGACAGCAAUCUCGCCUUAUAUCGCAUAAUGAUUCCUGACCGCACAGAUUCACGAGUGAAAAUUGACAAUGAAGUUGGCAGUUACUUGUGAUAAUGCGUUGUUCGUGGCUAGUCGUACGCAACACUUUCGUUUCGUCCCGGCCAAGGGACACUUCAGAGACCUUUGGGCGCGAUGCCCAGCGAGCAAGCAGAGGGGUCUCUGAAGGGUCCCUUGGCCGGACGAAACAAAAGCACUGCGUAAGACUAGCCACGAACAAUGUAUUAUCACAAGGAUCUGUCAACUUUAUCGACAAAUGUAGAUGUAUCAUGAAUUAACUCUCUAGUAAUGUUCUAAAAGAACCACAUUAUUAACAUUGUUUGAGAGCCGCAUGAUAAACAUUGCAUUAAACAUGUUGCAUCGCUGUGAUAGGAGAAUGUUGGUUUUGCUGUCUUAGAAAUUUAUAGCGCUUGCGAAACUGCCGGAGCCCAGAAACUUCUGUGAACUCAAGGAUUUGAUUAAAAAAAGCCCUUUCUAACUCGUUGUAUUUUAAUUUACAAAAGAAUAAUGUUAAAAGUCCAUCAACAUUCAUGCCAAUGGCUGGCAGGUGAUUUUCUUGUGCAAAAAUGCAUUUAACACAAUUUUCAAAUCAAGA